AUGGAAAUACGGAUAAUUUUCCCAAUGCUGUCAAUGUUAUCAUCAGGACUUUUUCACACAGUUGCACCGGCUUCUUUGGGAGAAGACGCUGUCACAGCCACCUUAACCCCCGCGCGACACUCCAGGACGAAGCGAUGCUCUUGUGCAACAUUCCUUGACAAAGAAUGUGUUUACUUCUGUCACCUGGACAUAAUUUGGGUCAAUACUCCAGAGCGCACCGUGUCCUAUGGACUGGGUAGCGCACCUCGAAAGAGGCGAUCUGUGAGAGGAUUGGCUUAUUCCACUCAAAGUCCGCGCUGCAAAUGUCUGGACAAUAAAGACAAUACUUGCGCGGACUUCUGUCAGCCAGCACCCUCAUUCAGGUACAAGGCAGCGCCUGACAAGGUGAUCCUUGACGCCCAGGGCGAUGACUGUGCUGGGAAACAGUGUAAAUAUAACCUGGCAGCCAAGACUGAGAGGAUUAAAAGGCUGAGGGAAGAGAACCAGAAAACUGUGGACCCCUUAGCGCUCAGAACCACAAAGAAAGUCCGCCUACUGCUGGAGAAGUGGAGACUGGGACAGCACCACCGGACACGAGCCUGGGAGCCUGAGAACGCCACUUCUUAG